AAGAGGAUAAGUAAAGUUAUUACGAAAAUGAACCUUGCGCAGAGAAGUAAAUAACUAAAUACAAAAGAAGUGAACCAAGUAGUCUCAAAAUCUAUGUUCAUAUAAACCACUCUGUGAGGGGAAACCUGCAUCAUCAACCACAACCCAUAAAAGAAAUGCAGUCAGAUGUAAAUUCUUCAACUCAUUCCCUCCCAGAGAGCACCAUCCCACAUCCAAACAAUCCCACACACACAACUUCAGAGCAUGUAUUCAUGUUAUGCACACAUGUAAUGGAUACACAUGGUGGAUGCUAAAACAGGAGAAAAAUCAAACAUUUUCCUAAGUUAAGUGCCGUUGAAUCAAUUGAAUAAACACCACAUGUCCACAAUUUUAAAACACAUCCAAGAAAAAGCAAAAUAUAUAUCAUAUUCAACAAAAUGGCCCCAAAAACUGCAGGUACAAGCAUUCCAGUUGUAAAGGAUCCCACAAAAUCGUUAUGGUAGAUCUUCAUUUGCUAGUUAAGCUAGAAAAAGAUAUCAAAUACAAACGAAAAUAAAUAUUAGCUACCAUUUAGCUAAUGCUUGGAAGCUGACAGUUUAUAUUUGUUGUAGCAUUCUUUCUUUUUCCAUCUUUGUUCUUCUGAGAACGGUGGUGUCUAAGUCAAGUUGCACGUUCGCUCCUAUACCUCCUUUUGUUUUAAAAAGGAGUACGCCAUAUCAGUGUAACAAAUUUACUCUUUUCUAUUGCUUGGUUUCUGGAGGAAGAAAAGAGAUUUCGCCAAUUACAGAGUAGGGAAGUUAAUGUCACUUUUAUUUACCCCCUCUUAAUUUAUGAGAUUUCUUGAUAUAUGUGAGACAACAAGAGAGCUGGUGUCACAGUUUAAAGAAAAUGUUAAAGAUGUUCAGUCCUUACUAAGAAGGAGAAAAGGAGAUUUUAGCAUCACUAACUACACUUCGUUUAGGAAGAAGAUGAAGAAAGAUGCCAAAAACUUAGUUACAAUUUUAAAGAAAAUGGAUCAUGAGGUGGUUGAUGUAAUGGAGGUUGAUCAACUUGUCUCAGCUGUUAUCGGAGUGCUAAGAGAAGUUAGUACAAUGGGAAUUUCAGUAUUCCAAAUGGUGUUGGUUUUCUUGUCAGCUCCAGUUUCUAAGCCAAUUAACAAAUGGUCUUUGGUUUCAAGAUUGGUGAACAAGGGAGAUCAAGACAAUGUAAAUGAGAUAGAAAGUGCUGAUUUUGCAUUAAACAGCCUUUUCAAGUGUGGCUCAAGUGAGGUGGAGAAAAUCCAGUUUGCGCAGAAUAGAUUGGAAAAUCUGGAAGCUCAUUUUGAAUGCAUUGAUUUCAGUACUAUAAAUCUAUCCUAUUAGCAUAAAUCUUAAGGGAUUCA